AUGUCGACCGAAAUGAAGAAGCUCAACUUGCUGAUGUGUGAGUAUCGACACUUCGUGUAUUCGCCGAGUGAGCUCACGAACACUUUCAUUUCCGCGCAGGUGGGAGAGUAUACCACAGGAUGGACUGGGUCGGGAGCAUCGAAGUCGGACAAGAAGGUCAUUGGUUUGACCCUGUUCGAUCUUCGGAGAUUGGGAAAGGUCGACAAGCUGGGCAUGGUCGGAGUGAACGGAUCUAAGUUCCCUGCUAUCCGGACCCACUUGCAAGAGAACAUCGGAAAUGUCUACAAGGACAUUGACACUACUUUCGAUGCCUUCCCGAGGAAGACAAUUGACCCGAGGCCUACUGCAAUUGACAAGUUGUCUCCCGGGGAUGCUGUUGUUAUCUUCACUCCAGACAGCACACAUUAUCCUAUUGCCCGCUAUGCUAUUGAGCACGGCCUUCAUGUACUGGUCACGAAGCCUGCCGUGCAGCUACUUCCUCACCACGUCGAACUGAUUGAAUUGGCCAAGAAGCAAACGUUUGACCCAGUGUACAGCGACGCGAGAGCAAGGGCAGGCGCUCUCGCCGAAAGCCAGCUGGAGACGUUCCGCGCAUGGGCGGGGAAGGACUCGGACAUCAGCUACUACCUGUCUUCUCACCACAUCGAUAUCCACUGCUGGAUCAUGCAAGGGAAGGCGGUCCCUACUCGCGUCGUAGCGAGUGCGGCGACCGGCAUUGCUACGAGCGAGCCGUACAAUUCACAAGGGCACGGCGGUGUACACGGCGUCUGGACGGCGCCGCUCAAGUCCGGAGUGCACUCUGCCCAGCACUGGUACUACAUGGCGGAGAAGGGUGAAAUCAACGUCGACCAAGCGCACCGGAAGGCUUGGUACAACCCCUUCUACAUGAAAUAUUCGCCUUCUGAGAGCGGCCACUUCGACGGCCAGCGCGGUUACGGCUACGUGUCCAUCGAGAAGUUUGUUGACGCCGCUCGAAGCGUCAAUGCUGGGCAGGUGCAGCCGGCAGAAUUCGAUGCGCACGGCCUUCCGACGAUCUCGAACACCGUGCUGACCACAGCCAUCUUGCACGCCGGCCGUAUCAGCCUGGAUGAGAAGCGGCCCGUAAAUAUCAAGCACGCUGACGGACAGUGGUCGCUGGAGUAG